AUGACCAUACAUCUUUAUGCCGAGCAUUUGGUCAACAUCCGCGCGCUUUCCCUCCAGGCGGCUUUGUCCACAGUUUCCAACCAGCAGACGAGAGCGACGUUGUCUGCCGAUGGCGACACACUGAGCCUUGAGCACGAAGGCGAAAGUGCAAGCAUCAGACUCCCAUUCCAAGUGCCCGGCGCACAUAGUGAUGCGACACUGACUAUCCCGGCGGCACCGACGAAGGACCUGAGCUUUCGUGUGUCACUGCAGGAAAAUCCAGAAUCCAAUGGACUGCUCACAAACACCGCUAUCGACAGCGAAAACGUGGUGCCAUGGGCGGCCGAUGCUCUGACAGCUGACACAGAGAUACGAUGUGUGCACUGCUCUUCUGUUCUUGUGCAGCGCCAUUCGGUCGCAAUAUGGAAGAAUCUGCCCUCAGAAAAUUGGGCGGAGAUGAUGGACUUCUGGCACUGUCACAGGCCACAUGUUCCUCACAGCCAUGAUCACGAAGCACCAGCCAAAGGUUAUGGCGCUGACAGCACAUUGAGAAUACAAUCGGGGCUGGGCUUAGUCGAUCCUAUCGAUUUCGUAUUGGCACCUGAAAAUUGCUCAUCGCUAAAGAUCUCCUCCAUUGCCUCAUCUGAUCAUGAUGAAAUCCUUCGAUGUUCAACAUGCAAUACUAUCGUCGGCCAUGUGCACACGAGCGGAGGCUAUAAGGUCCGAAAACAGCACCUCUCGCUGUCCUCCUCGCCAUCGCACAGAUCAGCCUCCUACCCACCCGAGAAAUGGCUCGCUUGUCUACUCUUGGCAAGCAUCGACACACAAGGCGUUCGCAAGUUUACUGUUCGAAGCUCAACCUCUGACCAUAUCGCCCUGAAGCUCUGGAUUUUCACACCAGAUAUCAAUGUGUCGUCGUCAACAACCACAGCAAGCGCGCCGAUUCGUGCUGUUAAGAUCUUCUGGCAAGACUGGACGCUCGCCUCAGACGAUAUAGGUGCCUUAAACCGACAGGCAUUGAUGGAAGGUGAACUCGAGCUACCACCACAGGAAAUGGAUCAGCUCCGUGACAAGCUCAUGCAAAGUAAAUCCAUGCUACCCGAGCCAGCACGGAAAUUCCAAGAUUGGAAUGUGGCUCUCCUGCCCCGCUUCAGACUCGAUGAGCUGUGA